AUGUUGGAUGCGGUUGAUAAGGAGCUUGACAGGUUGCAGGAGUUGGGAGUUAUAACACCGGUUGACUAUUCCGAUUGGGCCGCACCUAUAGUCGUUGUACGCAAGGCAAACGGUCAAAUAAGAAUCUGUGGAGAUUAUUCGACCGGACUUAAUGGAGCCUUGCACCCCCAGGAGUACCCGCUUCCAUUACCAGCAGACAUAUUCGCCAAGCUAGGAUAUUGGAAGACGUACCAAACGUUAAAAAAUACGAUACCGAUUCAUAGAGCCAAAAGAUGGGACACAAUAGGAACUGUUUGGAAAUUCAUUGCAGGAAGUCCUGAUGCAAAUGAUUUACGCCUGAUAAAUACUACAUUGAACGGGUUGAUUACGAAUAAUAACGUUCAAGUGAAAAUAAAUAAGGAUGAUUUAACGCUUCAGCUAACAGAAACUUUGAAAACAAUCAAAGAUGCGCUUAGACUGUCACGAGAUUCUUCAAUAGAGUUCUUUUCCCUCAACAUUCUCCUUAAUCUCAAAUACUUGGUCGAUAAAUUGAGUUUGGUAGCAGAUAGUAUUACUCUAGGGAAAUUAGGUAUAGUAAAUCCUCGUAUAUUAAACCGAAGUGAAAUAGAUUUGUUAAUGAACGAUUUACAAAAACAGAAUAUUCCGUUUCAAACAGUUUCAGAAGCGCUAUCAUAUGUGACUACGAAAAUAGCAACAAAUAACAAUGAACUGUUAUUUAUACUUAGCUGCCCGAAGCUGACGAACGAUUUAUAUAAGAAAAUUGAAUUGUACGGUAUAACGCAUAAAGAUAAGAAAAUUCAUGUUCUCAACCAAUUUUACCUAUCCUUAAAAUCACAACUUUUCAUCGUCCCGAACUUUAACAAGAACAUUUACGGCUUAGAACAACUACAAGAAGAUAACGGAAAAUGCGUACCAGCUAUACUCAGAGGACAACAAGCAACAUGUGACUUCAUAACAAACCCAGCAGCGAUGGAAAUUCUCCAACUCGAUAGGACACACAUUCUGAUCAACUCAGCGGCAGAAUUCACUAUUAAAACAACAUGUGGUAUUAAGAAGAGAAACUUGACAGGCUCUUUUCUCCUAUCGUACCAAUCAUGUGACAUAUUCGUUAAUGACGAAGAGAUUUAUGGUAUAAACGUCACAUCGAAAAACCACAUGCUGAACCUUACUCUAGAACAUCUACACACAAUGCAUAUGGAUUUAAGAAGCGAAAUGCAUCAAAUACGGCUAGAAGCCAAGAGCUUCACAUGGAACAAUUGGUCCAUAACAAGCGUUAUGAGCACACCUGUAAUGCUGAUUAUUGCCGCAUGUAUUUACUACAUUGUGAAGACCCAGAAAACGAAAACAGUGAUCAACAUAAACGGACAGAAACCGGCCAUAUCACCGAACUCAAACAACGACAACGAUAACACUUGCGAAGAGAACGAGCCAAACACCCAGAUAAGUCCAAACUUUCAACCGCCCACAAUGAUGGAAGUUUUUCGUACGGAGCCUCAAAUCUAA